GUGUGUAUUCCCGUGCUCGCAUCGCCAUCUUGUUGCAAUCCAAUUUUUUACGUAUGCGAGGAUCUACUUUCCGUUCGGUCGGAUUAAAAGUCGACCGUUUGCUCUCAGGAGAAUCACUGGGCACGGGGAUCUCGGGCCUGCGGGUGUGAACCGUGCAUACGGCGCUUCUUACCGGGAAACUGCCUGCCCCUCCUCGGUAUUUUUCCUCCUUCCGUCCCGGGCCACCGGGUCGCCUGCCGAGAGGGUUUUACGCGCAAUGAGCAUCGAUACACUUUUGGAGGCGGCCAGAUAUCUGGAAUGGCAAGCCCAACAACAACAGAUCACACGUGAGGAGGAGCAGCGCAAAGAGAAGCAGCUCAUCAACAGGGAGGCGGAGUCUAUGCGCGUGGAACUCGUGACCUCGUUGUCUCAGCCAAUUAGAGCCAAUCACGUCACUUGGGGAAAUGACACUCACCGCCAACAGCCGUAUCACCACCCUGCACCCCCGCCCCCCUCUCUCCCAUCUACCCAAAUCCCCAUCACAGUCAUACCAAUGGUCCCAGUUGUCACUACCACACACUCGGCCCCGCCCAUUAAUUUCACAGCGCAGAUUGCAACGUCGCUCAAUGGCUCGCCACCAGCCAAGAACCUUUCCUUUCCUCCGCAGCAGCAGCAGCAGCAGCAUCAUCAUCAUCAUCAUCAUCAUCCCCAUCCCUCCUCUCCUCACCUGUUGUGCCCCCCCCACAUAAAAGUAGAGACUAGUCCACAGUUAAAGGUAGAGACCAGUCCUCUGAUAAAGGUAGAGAUGAGUCCCCUGAUUAAGGUAGAGACUUGUCCCCUGAUAAAGGUAGAAUCUAGUCCCCUGAUAAAGAUAGAAUCUAGUCCCCUGAUAAAGAUAGAGAGUAGUCCGCAGAUGAUUGGUGCUCAGCCCAGCCAAUCACAACCUCAAAUUCAGAUUCAGUACACAACCUCCAUCAGCACUAAUGGCUCCGGCUCUCAACAUGCACUGGUUCCCCAUCAAUCUCCACCUUCAUCUCAGCCACGGUCUAAUGGAGUACUGGACGACCUGAGGGGGCUGGAAGGGAAGAGGAGACCAGGGGGAGCUGGGACCAGAGAGGUGCAUAACAAACUGGAGAAGAACAGGCCCUUCAGGCGAGCGCACCUCAAAGAUUGUUUCGAGACCCUGAAGAAGAACGUUCCAAAUGUUGACGAGAAGAAAACCUCCAACCUCAGCGUUCUCCGCAGCGCUUUGCGUUACAUACAGACUCUGAAGCGUAAGGAGAAGGAGUACGAGCACGAGAUGGAGCGUCUGGCCAGAGAGAAGAUCUCGACGCAGCAGCGGCUGGCCGAGCUGAAGAACGAGCUCAGUCAGUGCAUGGACGUCAUGGAGAUCGACCGAGUGCUGCGACAGACCAUCCAGCCCGAGGACGACCAGGCCUCCACGUCCACUGCCUCAGAAGGAGAAGACAACUUUGAGCAGGACAUUGACGACGAUGACCCGGCCCCUCUUGCUCCCCCCUCCCUCUCCAAAGCUCCCGUUAUACAUGCCCAGCAGCUGCUCACCUCUCACCUGUCCAUCCAGCACGCCACCCUGCCUCUGGGGGUCCUGACCACGUCCUCCCCCUCCGCCCCCCCUCAAGCCAUCGCACCGGCGCCAGGCCUGCCCCCUCCACAGCUCGCACAUCCCAUCCAGCAGCUCCAGCCCACCGUCAUCGCUCAUGCUGCCAUCUCCCACCCGUCAGUCAUCCAGGCUGUCAAUCACGGCCUGCCGUUGAAUCUCAAGCACCUAACGCAUAUCGCCCCGUCCCCCGGCCCCAUGUCCUCCAUGUCCUCCAUGUCCUCCAUGCCUCAGACAAUCGCUCCAGGUGCUCACCAGCAAAUAUCCGCGCAGCCCAUCGGACACAUCACCGUCCACCCCUUGGCUCACCUGCAAUCCCACCUCCCGACUCUCUACCCCCAGGGCGUGUCAGUCUCCCAGCCCACCAUGGUGGGACACAUCACCCACACCUUCACCCAUCACACCCUGCCCCACGUCCAUGCUAACCCUCAAGCUAACACUAACGGAGCCCAGAUGAACAGCACAGCCGUCAUCAGCCAGGGGCACCCGUCGCUAGGGAAACCCACAGCAGUGCUGGCCCCCCACCCCCAGCUGGUUGGUCAGGCUGCGGUCCUCAACCCUGUCACCAUGGUAACAGUCCCAACCUUUCCUGUCAGCACGCUCAAACUGGCCUGAAAGAUGAACAAAAAAAGAAAAGUGGGAAAGAUUCUGAACUGAACUUCCGGAUGAACUUUCACACUCCUGUCAAUAAUCACUAGCAGAGAAUCUCUGACGAAACAUUCACCAGGAAAAAAUUGUUUUUUCUGGACCACGUGUGACGAAUAUCUCCAGAGAUAUUUCAGUCUCAGCUCGUUCGUUUGUGAACAUUGACGCAGAGUCGGUGGGUGAGGCCAUUGUUUGUGAAGAUAAGACUGUGACAUUUGUCUGCGCUGCAAAGACAGGAACUCUGUUUGAGCUUCCUUUACACCAGAAGCACUAACAUUAUAAGCUCACACUCAGGCAUCUAAGAUUUACCUUUACCAUUCAUCCACUCAUCAAGGGAAAACGCACGAAAGAGAGAUUUGUUUGUCGUGAGGUUGUUGCCGUGGUGAUACAGUAUGUGCUUGUUUUUGUGUUUAUAUAUUCAUGACGUCACGUGGGACAUCCUGGAGAAAAGCUGUCACUGAUGUGUUUGAGAGCAGAGGAGGGAUCUCGCUGAUCCGAAUGAAUUACAGAGAAGUGUGAUCAAAUAUGAGGUGCACCACAUUACAUGGCCAGAUCUACAAUUACAAAGAGAAAGACAAAAAGAAACAACUGAAUCAUCUUUGUGUGAUUUCUGUUCAGCUGACAGCUUCUGAUCAUGUGAGCAAGUGUCCCAUUCAACAGUGGAGUUAUUUUAUCCACUUCCCCUUUGGCUCUCUUUAUGGAGGACUCUAAAACAGUGGAAUGUUUAAAGAUUGUAAUAUGAGACUAGAUAUUGUAUAUUGUACUAGAUAUUUUUUUAAAGCACUGCUGGUCAAUACUAAUUGGUCAAAAUAGUGUCCCUUUUAAAGGGUAGAAGAAGGGUAUAGAUAACAUGGUUUGCUUAACAUACAGAAGCCUGUUUUAGUGGCCUUGUGGAGAAGUCUAGAGAGAACAUGACCUUUGCCUGUUAGUUAUUGGAGAUUUGAUUUCCUUGUAGGAAGUCGACCAAACACAUUUAAAGGUAGAGCAAUACGUUAAAGAUAAGCAGUCAUAAAGUCUGAGAAAGACUUCAGACUAAUGCUGUCAGUUAUAUUUAUAAAGAUAGCACAUUCCACUUUUGUCCCACAGAGAAAGGCUCGACCAUAAAUAAAUGGCAUGUUUGUAAACCAAUCAAGUCCUGUAAUAGACUGUCUGGACAUCAAGCUGAACAAAAAUCUAUAUUGUCACAAAUACAUGACAAAGAUGGGGGGGAAAAAAAACCCUUAAAACUGCUCUCGAAACACUCAGUUACAGGUAUCCUAUUCAGGGCUACGCAGAUUUUUAUCCUCUUCACUCUAAAGCAACAGCUCCCCCUGCUGCCUCAUACUGAUGCUGCACAUGCACACACAAACACACAAUACACACAUACAUACAUACAUACACACACACUCAACACAAUGGGGGCACAAUGCAAAGAUAAUGCACAGGCUUUAAAAUGUGUAAAAACAAAGAGACUGUUGAGUCUAAAAGAACUCUUGGCCUUUUGUAACAUAACACAUCUUAACUCAAGUAAAAAUCCUGAGUUGUGUACUGCAUUAUAUUACAUACAGUAUGGGACUUUGGUCACAUGAUUAACUCAAAAAUGCUGGGAGGAGUUGAGAUGUGGAUGAAAGCUCCAGAAGAGAUUUGGAAAUAGCUCUUUAAGCGUGAGAAGAGUUUACACUUUAAUGCCAUUUUGUGAAGGAUAAUUUGGCAGAAAUAUGACCCUUUCUGUAUAUCAAAUUAUAGCGAACACAAAGCCAAAUCUUCUGCUCCAGACCAGAAAAUGUGUUGAAACCCACUUGUCUUUGCGUAUGUCUAUGUAUGUUAAUGUGCACACACUCAAAAUGGCUUCACAGCCUUCUUGCCAGCCUAUACAUGUCACACCAUGAAAUCUCCCAUCAGUAUAUGUAGUCACUGUCCUCUGCUGUGUCUGUGUGUUAUGUCUGUAUAUGUAACUAUUCAAUACGUUUUAUAUCCUGUACUAUAGUUAUCCUACUGUACCUGUAGCAUGGCUGUUUUUGGUUCUGCAGUUUGCCCCGUGCAUGAUGGAGUGUGUGCGUGUAGCAAGCAAGCUAUUUUUUUACACAGAGUUGAUUUAUGGGAUGAGUCUGUCUGGGUGCUAUCGUGUGUGCCUUAACUCAGUUUUACUGAACACUGUGACAACUCCGGCAAAACACGAACACAAUGAGCGAAUGGAAGAGACAAAUAUUUACUGUCAUGAUUGGAUUUUUUUUUACGUUUUUAAGUUUUCCAUUUUGUGAGAUGGACUGAGACAAUGAGUGGAAAAAGUAAAUAAAAAGAAAAAAAUAUGCUCUUUUCUGGAUAACAUAAGUUCUAAUAUUUGAGUUUUGUAAUAUUUGUAUGUAUGUAUGAAAGUUUUGUAAAUUUGUGAUUGUAUGCACGUUUUGGCAUAUGAGUGUAUGUGUCUUAAAAUUUUAAACGCUUGUUUCUUUUUGGUUUUGUUGCAUGUAGAUUGCCGGUUAAGUUUCUUUUGUAUAAACGUUUCGUUUUUUUUGGGACCAUGUACAAUACUGUAUAACGUGGGCAGGAUCUUGGACCUCAUGCUACAUUGAUAUUAUAUAUGAAUAUAAAAACAUGUUUUCCCUAUGGAGAAAGUUUUAAGUUAUAUAUCGCCUGUACACUUUGGGCUGCCUUUUAGAUCUAACUGUCCACUGUUCAAGAUAACAAUGAUGAUAAUGGAUAAAACAUAUUAAUGAUGAAGAAUUUUGCUGAUGAAAUAAUAAAGAUUCUUAAUAAAUCUUAUUACAUUUACAACA